CGUUGUGAAGACCUGAGCCAACGUUUCUGAGGGCUGCGAAUACUGGAAAUACACGAUCACUUGUUCAUUUCUCACCUCAAAACCACCUUACUUACAUAUUGGCAGGGAACUUCUAAAGCAGGACGUUUCGGUGGAUCCGGAUAGCAUUGGUCUCCGUAUUCGGGGUUUCUUCCUUUCAUGUGCGAGUAAAAUGUGGAUUAUCGACGUUGGUGAUAGGUUUGUUAAUUUGGAAUAAAUAGAGGGAAAACAGCACGGCCGUGGGGUAAGAAAGUGAAAAGGUAUAGCUCGCCUUCCCCGUUCAUCUCACAUCGAAUUAUAUAUCUGGAGAGAACGAGGGGUUGUUAAUAUUGAGCGUGGGUAGAUAAGACUCCGCUUGUAUUCUCUCUCCCUGGUACAUAUACCUCUUUCGGUGUGAAAUCUUUAGACAGAGAUUCGCUAACCCCGCGGUCCGCAUGACAUGGUUCAGUCCAGUUGCGAGAUCCGAGUCUCGAUGCAUUGGGAUUUUUCUCGGCGCCGAAACCAAGUGAAUCUCCAAUUUAAAGCCGUCUGAUAACAACCGUGCCUGCCAGACAAACCCCUGCCAUGACAACCGCCUUGAAGCGGGACGGAACGGGAUUCGCACGGAGAUCGGAAUGCGUGUGCAGCGGACAUAGUAGACCGAGGAAAACGGACGGAAUACGGAUUUUUGCGCUAAUGAAGGUUGGGGUACACGCGCACUAUUGGAGCCGGGUGCUGUUCCUGUACGUGGGGCUACUGGCCGCCUCGGUAAAAGCCCAGAAUUGCAGCUACACCCUACACAAUCCCAACGGCACCAUAGAGAGCCCAGGCUACCCGUAUGGGUACCCCAACUAUGCCAACUGCACGUGGGUGGUGGUGGCAGCAGAGCAUAACAGGAUACAGCUGGUGUUCCAGGGCUUUGCCUUGGAGGAGGACUUUGACAUCCUGUCAGUCUACGACGGCCCACCAAGCCCGGGAAACCUACGCACACGGUUGACAGGGUUCCAGCUUCCUUCUCCCAUAGUGAGUACAGGACCCAGACUCACACUGUGGCUGCUGUCUGACUAUGCCGUCAGCGGACAGGGCUUCAAAGCCGUCUACGAAGCCCUGCCCAGCUACACCUGUGGUAACCCGGGCCAGCUGCUGAACGGCCUCCAGCAGGGCUCCACCUUCAACAUCGGGGACAAGAUCCGCUACAGCUGCAGCCAGGGCUUCGUCCUGGAGGGCCACACCACCCUGUCCUGCUUGGCCACCUCCGCAGGCACCGCAGCCUGGGACUUUCCCCUGCCCUACUGCCGAGCGGAUGACGGCUGUGGGGGAACCCUGAGAGGUCAAAGCGGGGUCAUCACCAGCCCCAACUACCCAGGGGAGUACAACAACAACGCUGACUGCACCUGGACCGUCCUGGCCGAGCCGGGGGACACCAUCGCCCUGGUCUUCUCAGACUUCCAGCUGGAGGACGACUACGACCUUCUGGAGGUCAGCGGCACCGAGGGCUCCUCGCAGUGGUUCACUGGUCCUAACCUCCCCUCCCCCAUCAUCAGCAGUAAGAACUGGCUCAGGCUUCACUUCACAUCUGAUGGCAACCACAAACUGAGAGGCUUCAGUGCCCAGUAUCAAGUGAAGAAAAUGACAGAGCUGAAGUCCAGAGGUGUGAAAAUGCUCCCCAGCAAAGACAACCACCACAAGAUCUCAGUCUUGUCCCAGAUGGGUGUGGCCCAGGGACACAACAUGUGUCCAGACCCUGGGAUCCCUGACAGAGGGAAAAGAAAAGGCUCCGACUUCAGGAAGGGUGCCACGGUGCACUUCUCAUGUGACGAGGGGUACGAGCUGCAGGGCUCCAAGAGCAUCAGCUGUAUGCGUGUCACCGACAGCUACGUAGGCUGGAGUGAUGACAGGCCUAUCUGCAGAGCCCCCAUGUGUGGUGGUCAGCUGCGAGGCCCCAUUGGCAUCAUCACCUCCCCAAACUACCCUGUCCAGUACGACAACAAUGCCAACUGCACAUGGGUCAUUACAGCAAUGGAUACCGCCAAGGUGAUCAAGUUGACGUUCGAGGACUUUGACCUGGAGCGCGGCUACGACACAUUGACGGUGGGGGACGGCGCGGUGGUCGGGGAUCAGAAGACCGUCUUUCACGUACUCUCCGGUACCUCGACUCCAGACCUGGUUGUCAGUACCAGCCAUCAGAUGUGGCUCAACUUCAAGACUGACGACACCAGCGGCUCUUUGGGAUUCAAGGUGUCCUACGAAGAAAUCGACCAGGGCAGCUGUGGAGAUCCUGGAAUCCCGGCCUACGGCAAGCGUGAAGGGACAGGUUUCCGUCAUGGAGACAGACUGCACUUCGAGUGUUUGCCGGCCUUUGAGUUGGUGGGCAAAAAAAACAUCACCUGCCAGAAGAACAACCAGUGGUCAGCCAAGAAGCCCAGCUGUGUCUUCUCCUGCUUCUUCAACUUCACCACUCCGUCGGGGGUGUUGCUGUCCCCUAACUACCCCCAGGAGUAUGGGAACAACAUGCACUGUGUGUGGCUCAUCAUCACCAAGCCAGAGAGCCGCAUCAACCUGGCCUUCAACGACCUCAGCAUGGAGAAGCAGUUUGACUUCCUCUCCAUCAAGGAUGGGGGCAAGGCGGAGUCUCCAAUCCUGGGUACGUUCUCAGGUGACGUCCUGCCCCCUUCCAUCACCACCAGCGCCCACGUAGCCCGUCUAGAGUUCCAGACAGACCACACCUACACCGAUAGGGGCUUCAACAUCACCUUCACCACGUUCCGCCACAACGAGUGUCCCGAUCCGGGGGUGCCGGUGAACGGGAAGAGGUUUGGGGAGAGCCUGCAGCUGGGCAGCUCGAUCUCCUUCCUGUGUGAGGAGGGCUUUGUGAAGACCCACGGCUCCCAGACCGUCUCCUGCAUCCUGAAGGACGGGAACGUGGUCUGGGACAACGCCAUGCCUCGCUGCGAAGCCCCCUGUGGCGGGGAGCUGAAAGCCCCGAGUGGGAUCAUCCUGUCUCCUGGCUGGCCAGAGCUCUACAAGGAGGCCCUCAACUGUGAGUGGAUCAUCGAGGCACCGCCGGGGUACCCUAUCAAGAUCAUCUUCGACAAGUUCCGUACGGAGGUGAACUACGACAUCCUGGAGGUGCGAGACGGACGCUUCCCUUCCUCUUCUCUGAUUGGUAGCUACCAGGGUACCCAGGUGCCCCAGUUUCUCAUCAGCACCUCCAACUUCCUGUUCCUGCUGUUCUCCACCGACAAGAGCCACUCAGACAUCGGCUUCCGUAUACGCUAUGAGACCCUCCAAUUGCAGUCAGAUCACUGUGUCGACCCUGGUAUUCCCGUCAAUGGCCAACGUCAUGGAAAUGACUUCUACGUGGGCGCCUUGGUUACAUUCAGCUGCGAUGCGGGGUACACCCUCAGCGACACUGAACCCUUGGAGUGUGAACCCAAUUUCCAGUGGAGUCGGCCCCUCCCCAGUUGUGAUGCGUUGUGUGGAGGUUACAUCCAGGGCAACACAGGCACCAUUCUGUCUCCUGGCUUCCCAGACUUCUACCCUCAUAACCUCAACUGCACCUGGCUGAUCGAAUCUUCUCACGGUAAAGGUGUCCAAUUCACCUUCCACACCUUCCACCUGGAGAGCCCCCAUGACCACCUGCUGGUGACGGAGAACGGCAGCUUCUCCGAGCCGCUGUGGCAUCUGACGGGCUCCACGCUGCCCUCACCGCUCAGCGCAGGCCUGUUUGGGAACUACACCGCCCAGAUCCGCUUCCUGUCCGAUUUCUCUGUCUCGUACGAGGGGUUCAACAUCACUUUCUCAGAGUAUGACCUGGAGCCAUGUGAGGACCCAGGUGUUCCUCCCUACAGCAUCCGUAAGGGGCUGAUCUUCGGGGUGGGCGAUGUCCUCAUGUUCUCCUGUUUCCCGGGGUACCGUCUGGAAGGGCCGGCCAGGGUGGUGUGUCUGGGGGGCAGGAGGAGGGUGUGGAGCUCCCCUCUGCCAAGGUGUGUUGCUGAGUGCGGCUCCUCUGUAACUGGCAUGCAAGGGGUGCUCCUCUCGCCCAACUACCCCGGUUACUACGGCAACAACCACGAGUGCAUCUACGCCAUCCAGACACAGCCGGGCAAGGGUAUCCAGCUACGCGCACGAGACUUCAGACUGGAGGAUGACGACAUGCUCAAAGUGUUUGAUGGCAGCAGUAACAAGGCCCGCCUCCUGGGUGUGUUCACUGGGACAGAGCUGCAGGAGACCACCCUGAACUCCACCUCCAGCUCCAUGUGGCUGGAGUUCAUCAGCAACGACGACAACACCAGCAAGGGCUUUGAGCUUCACUUCACAAGUUUCGAGCUGGUGAAGUGUGAAGACCCGGGUGUGCCCCAGUUUGGGUACAAGCGUGAAGACAAGGGCCACUUUGCGGGAAGCACGGUGUCUUUCAGCUGUGAGCCGGGGUACACCUUGAGAGGACCCCAGGUGCUCACCUGUCUGAGGGGGGAGAGGAGGGCCUGGGACAGCCCCCUGCCUCUCUGUGUCGCGGAGUGUGGUGGUACCAUAAAGGAUGAACCUGCAGGUCGUAUCCUGUCUCCUGGCUACCCUGCUCCGUAUGAACACAACCUCCACUGUGUGUGGACCAUCGAGGCUACGCCAGGGAGCACCGUCGGGUCAGUACACGACACCCACGCCCUGUCCAUCUCUCCACGCCCGUUGAAGCUGUACUGUCUGCAGGGUGAAGGACACAACAGCUUCACAGCAUACAGAGGGGACGGCCCUCAGGAGACGGCCAGGAAGCUGGGGAUCUUCACGGAGGGCGAGCCCAGCGACCCGCCGCGCAGCACGUCCAAUCAGGUCCUGAUCCGUUUCCGUAGCAACACGGAGAAAGGUGGACUGUUCCGUAUUAAUUAUCAAGCGUACAGACUGCAGUUCUGCCUGCCUCCACCCAUCAUUCCAAAUGCAGAGAUCCUGAUGGCUAGCAAGGAAUUUAAAAUAGGAGACAUAGUGAGGUACAGGUGUCUGCCAGGGUACCGCCUGAGUGGGAACAACAUCCUGACCUGUCGUCUGGGGACACACCUGGAGUUUGCUGGUCCUCCUCCCUCGUGUGACGUGACAUGUCCCAUGAAUGAGGUCCUGACCGCCUCCACUGGAGUCAUCAUGAGCCAGUCUCCCGGCAGCGGCUUCCCCCACUUUGAGUCCUGCUCCUGGGUGGUGAAGGUGGACCCGGGCUACAACAUCACCUUUACCAUCGAACACUUCCAAACCAGCCGGCAGUUCGAUGAGCUGGAGAUCUUUGACGGCCCGUCCAGACAGAGUCCCCUCCUGAUUACCCUGAGUGGAAACUACUCUAACCCUCUCAGCAUCACCAGCUCUAUGAACAAGGUCUACCUGCACUGGUCCUUUGACCAUACCUCCAGCCACAAGGGUUUCCGCAUACGCUAUUCAGCGGCAUACUGCAGCCCCCCCAACAACCCGGUCAACGGUACGGUCCACAGCCAGACAGGCACCAAGCUGGGCAGCACCCUUCGCUUCAACUGUGACCAGGGCUUCAGGCUCAUCGGCCAGAGCAGUGCCACCUGCACCCGCACCCCCCAGGGCAUCUACCAAUGGAAUGCUCCUGUGCCCCUCUGUCAGGUGGUGACAUGUGGGAUGCCAGAGCCUCCAUUGAACGGCAGUAUCGCUGGGCAGGAUUUCACCCUCGGAGCCAGAGCUUUGUAUCAGUGCAACGCUGGGUUCCGAUUGGCCAGCCCUCUCGCAAUAUCUGUUGUCUGCCAGGAGUCGGGGAGGUGGAGCCCCAAUGAAGCCCCGCCCCGUUGCAUUCCUGUGACCUGCCCCGACAUUGGGCACUCAGCGGUGGAUAAUGGGAGAUGGAGGCUGAUCUACGGGACUCAGAACCAGUAUGAUGCCAUGAUGAUGCUCAUCUGUAACCCUGGAUACUAUUACAGGGGUCAGAGGGUCAUCCGUUGUCUGGCCAACAGCACCUGGGACUACCCAGAACCUCGUCCUGCAUGCCAGAUCAUCUCAUGCGGAGACCUUGGUACUCCUCCCAACGGGAACAAGAUUGGGACGUUGACAGUGUUUGGGGCAACGGCCAUCUUCUCCUGUAACAUGGGCUACACCCUGGUGGGCUCCAGGGUCCGAGAGUGCUUGUCCAACGGGCUGUGGAGCGGAACCCAGGUCCAGUGUCUCGCGGGUCACUGUGGAACCCCAGAGCCCAUCGUCAACGGGCAGAUCAUAGGAGAGAACUACAACUACAGAGGCAGCGUGGUCUACCAGUGCAACCCUGGCUUCCGCCUGAUCGGGGUGUCCGUGCGGAUCUGCGAGCAGGACCACCGCUGGUCCGGACGUACCCCCGUCUGUGUCCCCAUCACUUGCGGUCACCCUGGAAACCCUUCCUUUGGUGUCACCCAGGGAACGCAGUUCAACCUCAACGAUGUUGUACGUUUUGUCUGCAAUACCGGCUUCGUCCUACAGGGCUCUCUCAUGUCUCACUGCCAGUCCAACGGCCAAUGGAGCAACACUCUGCCCAAAUGUAAAAUUGUGAACUGUACAGAGCCGGGUCAUGUAGAGAACAGUGUGCGGCAGGUGGUGGCCAGUGGUCCUCACCGCUACACCUUCCAGACGUCGGUGUCGUACAGCUGUAACCCUGGUUACUACCUGCUGGGAACCAGCACAUUCAGCUGCCAGGGAGAUGGAACCUGGGACCGCUCACUGCCCAAGUGUCUCUUGGUGCUGUGCGAGCGUCCCAGCAUGCCCCCCUACGCCCAGAUCUCCGGUGACAGGAGGACGGUGGGUUCAGUCAUCCGCUUCAGUUGCAUCGGCCAGCGCUCCGUGGUGGGCAACACCACGCGCAUGUGCCAACUGGACGGCCAAUGGAGUGGCUCGCUACCUCACUGCUCCGGGGAGUCGGCGGGUCUUUGCGGGGACCCUGGCAUCCCGGUUCAUGGGAUCCGUCUUGGGGAAGAAUUCUCUGUGAGCAGCAUGGUCCGGUUCAGCUGUGAGCCCGGCUACGUUCUGACGGGUUCCCCAGAGAGAACCUGCCAGCCCAACAGCACCUGGACCGGAACCCAGCCUGAGUGUCAGGUGAUCUCAUGUGGGAACCCAGGAACUCCUAAGAACGCCCAGAUCCUGGUCCACGAGGGCCUGACCUUCUCCCGCUCCAUCGCCUACACCUGCCGAGACGGCUACUACUCCAACGGUCUCCUCACCCGCCACUGCACGGUCAACGGGACCUGGACCGGGAACAUGCCCGAGUGCACCGUGAUCAACUGUGGCGACCCUGGCGUGCCAGCCAAUGGCGUGCGAGUGGGCAGGGACUUCAUCUACAACAACACGGUGAGCUACCAGUGUUCCCCGGGGUUCAACAUGGACGCCGACCGCGCCUCCACGCUGGUGUGCACCAAGGACCGCACCUGGAAUGGAACCAAACCACUCUGCAAGGCAAUCAUAUGCGGAGCCCCGCCCCCCAUCCCUAACGGACAGGUGGUGGGCGGAGACUUCAGCUGGGGCUCCAGCAUCAGCUACGCCUGUAACCAAGGUUACCAGCUGUCCUUGCCCACGGUGCUCACCUGCCAAGGCAACGGAAACUGGAGCGGAGAGCUGCCACAGUGCUUUCCGGUGUUCUGUGGUGACCCUGGCUCCCCGGCUCAGGGCAGGAGAGAGGACCGGGGCUUCACCUACCUCUCCUCCGUCUCAUUCUCCUGCUACCCCCCCCUGGUGCUGGUGGGCUCUGCCCGCCGUUACUGCCAGUAUGACGGCACCUGGAGCGGUACACAACCCUCCUGCAUAGACCCCAGUCACACCACAUGUGUGGACCCUGGGACACCCCUGUUUGGGAACCUCAACAACACCCAGGGCUACCAGAUCAGCAGCACAGUGUUCUUCAGCUGUAGGAAUGGAUACCUGCUCCAGGGAUCCAUCACCCGUACCUGUCUCCCCAACCUCACCUGGAGUGGACUUCAGCCCGAAUGCAUAGCCCACCACUGUAGCCAGCCAGAGUCUCCAGCCCAGGCUGACGUGAGUGCGAUAGAGCUGCCGUCCCUGGGCUACACCCUCAUCUACACCUGCCAGCCGAGCUUCUACCUGGCUGGGGGCUCCGAACACAGGACCUGCAGGUCAGACGGGAGCUGGACCGGCAAGGCCCCCUUCUGUGCAGCUGAUAACCGUCCCAGUGGGAAGACAGGGUUGGGAACAGUGCAGGAGCAGCCCAACUCCAAACUACCAGUCCCUGGUGGGGUGUUUGCUCAGAACUCUCUGUGGCGGGGCUCCUAUGAGUACCUGGGGAAGAAGCAGCCCGCCAUGCUCAGCAUCACCACCUUCGAGCCCCUCAGCAACCGCGUGAACGGAACGCUCAUCGACCACAGCGGCGUGGAGCUAAAGCUGGCCGGGGUCUACAAGAAGGAGGAGGCUCAGCUACUGCUGCAGGUGCACCAGAUCCGAGGACCCGUGGAGAUCUUCGUCAACAAGUUCAAAACCGACAACUGGUCCCUGGAUGGCCAUGUCUCCUACAUCUCCUCAUCCAACGCCUUCGUCUACCAAGGCUUCGUCAGAGGGAAGGGGUUCGGCCAGUUUGGUCUUCAGAGACUGGAGAGUCUAGACUCCAGCAAGGAGACAUCAGGAUACAACUUUGCUUCCAACAGCAGCUCAGUGGCGGCAGCCAUCUUAGUGCCUUUUAUAGCUAUGAUCAUCGCAGGCUUCGCUCUGUACCUCUACAAACACAGGAGGAGACCCAAAGUUCCCUUCAACGGUUACGUGGGCCAUGAGAACACUAACGGGCGGGCCACCUUCGAGAACCCCAUGUACGACCGCAACAUCCAGCCCACCGACAUCAUGGCCAACGAGACCGAGUUCACGGUCAGCACCGUGUGCACGGCUGUAUAGCGACUGCUACGGUUCUGAGGCCAUCCUUCUACCUGGGAAGAGAGAGAGAGAGAUGAAGAGAGAGGGGAGGGUAUUAUAUAGUCUACCAACCUCCAUCCAUCCAGGAGCGAGGUCUUCUUGAUGUUCGAGGCCCUUUCUACAGGAGACAAGACAAAAAAAAAUAAAAAAAUAAUAAACGACAACGUAAAUAAAACUAUGUCAAGAUAACCGACGGCAGCACCAUACUGAUGACGAAGGCAAGGCCGUACUCUUUGUUUCCGUGGUCAACGGCUUUCCACUCAGCCACAGCGGGCGGUGGAGCCGCGCUGCCAUGACGAUAACCAUGACUCUCUGUCCUCUGCCAAAAACCCAUAAAAGGGGAAUUUAAGGCCAGCCUCCAGACGUGGGGCUAGCCGCUAGCUUCAGUACCACAGGAAGCUGAGGAGGGUCAGCCCUGCACUAGCAUGCUGUGUUGUUGCAAACAAGCGUAUUUGUGGAUUGAACCUACAGCAAAGAGCGACACUCUCGUUUACUUUGGAUGUUUCCUCUCCUUUCUUCAUUGGCUUGGGGUUGUGCACUGCUUGCUUUUUUUUGGAAUUGGCAGAACCUUCUUUUUUUCUCUUCCUGAAUUUCUUCACAGACAUCAGCACCGUGGGGCUUGGGUUGAAUUGAAGUGGGAUGAUGAAAUCUGGAGGCCUAUUGGAAGACAUGGAUUCUAUCAUUAUUGCUUUUAACUCUCCUCCGUUUGAAAGGGGUGAGGGGAAGACUGCUGGCUGAGGCACCUGUUACCAGAACAAGACCAAGGUGACACAGGCUGCUGGAGAUAGCACUAGCGAAGGCUUUUUCAGUGUGAGUAAGAGUGUGUGUGCGCGUGUUGACAAUGUCAGCAUUCUGACCCAAACCCUCUUCCCCUUUUUCGCCAUCCCUCCAUCCCUAACAAUUCCAGCAUGAGACACAUGGUUUAUGUUAACAGCUAUCAAUCCAACUGGGAUGUUUAGACUACCCUGAAAUAGCAACAGAGUGAAACUAGACAAAAGCUUGUUUUUGGAUUGCGCCAACCUCCAACAGUGUUCCAAGUAGCCUGUGUACAUCAUUGUUUGGACUGCUUGUGCAAACAUCUGGUGUGUAGCAUUUUGGAAGUGGGCCUUGGUUUGUGCACAGACUCGCACCCUAAUAAAAGGUGUGACGACCAAACUCCCAAGCGUCUUUUCCAAAAGGCACCGGACUAAGAUGGACAUGCUAAGAAAGUAGUGCUGUUUUCCCAGUCCCUCACCUGCUCUCUAUGUGCCACAAAAUGUUGCUCGAGGCCAGAGAAUAAAGAAAGGCUGAGUCUGUGUCAAGGUAGAAACCAAACAUGAUCCAGGUUUCUAUGGACACACGCAAGCCUUUGGUACCACCAGUUUUCCAUUUCAUAGACCCUGCGUGUACCAGAACAACAGGUCACGGAUUGGACAACACCCAAAGGUGACACUGCUUCAAUUCCUCUGAUGCGCUCCACUUCGACAGCCUUGGAAUUGGUUUUCUCUGACGAAGCAUGAAUGCACUAGCACGGUUAUUGGAACUGGCAUUGACUCUGAGGUCAUUAUGAGAUGUUGAAUGCCCAGAAUUUGGCCUUGCUGGUUCAAAGAGGAACAGGAAGUACUUGUGAACAUUCACAAAGUUUUGGUCGUGACUCAGCUUAACUCUGCAAGCAGAAACCUCUCCUGUAGCCAAACCAUCAAGGAGUUGAUAGCUAGUGAAGUUUCCCCACUUAGACUAAGUACAUUUCAUGUCACAGCACACAUCAGUAGACCACCGAACCGGGCAUCUGAGUGCCCCAUCGCUUAGAGUCGAGGCAUGUUGGGUGUUUUUUCUCGGCUCAUCAAGGAAAUGCUGAGUUUUCCGCGAAGCUUCGACAGCAGGGGAAAUGGUGGUAUCGCAAUUACUCCUGGGCGAAUCAAUUGAAAAUGAUUAAGCAGAUGAUAGGAAAACAGUGUUUACGCUCUAAUUUCAGACGCCGCGCACACUAAUCUGUGAAUUAACGAAAAGGGAGGGGGGGAGGGGACGGGA